CAGGUUAAUAAAAUCCUUUGAUUUUACCAAAAAACUUUGCCUUUGGUGCGAGUUCAGGCUAAAAUAUGUUUAUUUUACACGUAUAAUCAAAGGAUUUUAGCCUGAACUCGCACUAGAGGCAAAGUUUUUUGGUAAAAUUAAAGGAUUUUAUUAGCCUGGACUCGAACCAGGAGCAAAGUGUGUCGGUAAGGAGCAAAAAUGACGGUCUCUUUAGACAGGCCUUUGGCGAUCUGUCUAUUAAUCUGUGGUAUGGUUAGACUGUGGUUCAACUCUGUUCGUCUCGUGGCGUGGCUGGUAGUUAUUGAUGGUAGAAUUGAGACAAUCGAAAUAAAAAAAAUCGUCUAUAUCACUUGAGUCAAUGAUUGCGGUAUAAAUUAAAACAUACGUUCCGACUUCAGAUGGUUGAGAUGAAUCACGUCAUUCGACUACGCAUAUACAUAUUGGACAUAUCACGUGCGACAUCACAAUAAAAAUUAAUUUGUUCACGAUAAAUCUGUUUCUGAUUGCUUCAAGAUGUCUUGUCUUCUUGUUGAUUGUCGCCUUGUAGAAUAAUAUUCACUACGUUUAUAAAAAAAUGUGUGAUGAAUUGACCAAGAGACCCAGGCGAAGUUUUGCAGAAGCUUGGCUUAAUGAUGAUCGAUACAAAUCUUGGAUAUGUAAAGUACCAUCUGACAAUAGUCUUUAUUAUUGUAGUGUAUGUAAUAAAACUUUUUCGUGCACUUCAACACAUAUAUCAAGACAUGCGGAUUCUGCAUGUCACAAAAAUAAUAUUAAAACGAAUACAUUAGUAUCUGAUGAUGAUUGUAAUGAUGAUGUUGAUUUGCCAAUGAAAAAGUCGCGUAAAUCAAUAUUUCAACAAAAAUGGCUCGAUAUUGAGCAAUUUAAAUUUUGGUUGCGUGAAGUGCCAGAAGACGCAAAUUUAUUUUUUUGUUCAAUUUGUGAAAAAUCUAUUGCUGGUGGUUUAUCGCACAUUCAACGACACGCAGAAUCCAAAACACAUAUAAAUAUGUUUAACAAAAAUAAUAUAGAAGUAAACAAAUCAAAUGCAGAUUUAAAUACACAAAUUAAUGAAUCGCCUUUCUUUGAUGAGUGUAGAAAAUCAACGGAAAUCAAAUAUAAAGCAUUAAUGGCUGAUAAAACUAUUUCACCUCAAACUGCAAAAGAGAUUCUUAGCUUCUUUCAAUAUAUAGGAAAAGAUCUUAAUGUGUUGAAAAGCAUGAGCAUGGGGCGAACAAAAUGUAAAAACAUUAUUAUAAAUGUUUUGUAUCCGGUUGAGAUGGAUCGCAUCAUUAAUAGGCUUCAGAAUACAAAAUUUUCAGUUUUCUUUUACGAAACAUCUGAUACAACUAAUAAAUGGAUGAUCGUUCUUGUUCGAUAUGUCGAUUCGGAGACAUUAGACAUUCGUUUGCAAUUAAUUCAAUUAAUUAAUAUUGGUGUCCAAGAUUCAAGCGCAGAAAAGUUGUUUCAGGCAUUUAAAUGUGAAAUGAGGAAAUUACAGAUACCAUUUCCAAAUAUUGUUGCCUUCUCAUGUGACAAUGCAUCUGUUAUGACAGGGAAACAUUUAUUGUUUAAAAAAAUGUUAGAAAAAUGUCCACAUUUAUUAGCAUUUUCAUGUCCAUGUUAUUCCGCCGCGUUAGCAGCGCAUGCUGCAUGUACUAAAAUGCCCGCAUGUUGCGAGGAAUUUCUAAAAAAAAUUGCUAAUUAUCUUAACAACAAUCCAAGAAGUUUGAUUAUUUCUCAUGAAUUAUGUGAAUGUUUCCAAGUAACUAAUCGCAAAACAUUAAAAUUACAUGAUACAUGCUUGCUUUCCGAUUACUUAUGUAUUGAAAGAUUUCUUGAAUCUUGGGACACGAUUAAACAUUCUCUUACUGAAAUGGUUGUAUGUGAAAAAACCGAUAAAGAAUAUUUACUACUUAUGAUGAAUAACGUAGAGAUAAAAGCUUAUUUUCUUUUUUUAAAAUACAUUUUAAAUUUCUUUAACACAUUUAGUACAUUUUUUGAGACAAUAGAAACGAGGAUUCAUUUAUUACAGUCAAAAUCUGAAAAUUUUCUUUUACAAAUAUGUCGAAAUUUUUUAAAAGAAAAAAAAUUAAAAUCAUUUUCUAGAAAUAUUCUUUCUAAAGGAGAAGAUAUAUUCUCUGUAAAGGAGAAUCAAAAAGCUGUUAAUGAAAUUACUUUGGGGUCAGAAUGUGAAAAAUAUUUGGUCGAAUUAACGCUGAAAGGACACAUAGACAUAGUUAGAAUUGUUCGAGAGAAUUGUUUAAUAUUUUAUGUGACUGCUGCAGAAGAAAUUUAUAAAAAAUUACCUAUAAAGGACGAAUUUUUAUCAAAAUUACAAGUUUUUCAACCACAUGUAAGUUUAUUCAAUGGUAAUAGAGAACAAUCAUUCAAUGAUGUUUCUUUUGUAGCUAAAACUAUUGGUUUUGAUGAAACUGGUUUUGAUGAAAAUGCUUUAAAGAAAGAAUGGAUUGAAUUACCAUCAGAUUUUACAAUAAAAGAAAAACGAAGCUUCUCUAAAUUAAGUUUCGACAAUAUGUGGAAAGAAAUUUUACAACAUGGGUACAUCAAUAAUAUUGACAAAUAUCCUAAUUUAAGAAAGCUUCUAAAUGCUAUUAGAUCAUUUCCAAAUUCAAAUGACGAUCCAGAGAGAAUGUUGUCCCUUUUAAAUAAUUUGAAACCAAAACAACGUAAGAAACUUUCACCUGCUUCUAUUAAUGCUAUUUGUGUAUUUAAAUCUGCAUUAAAGGCGAGGGGAGAAACAGCUAUAACUAUGAUAAUUGAUGAAAAACAUUUGUCUCUUAUGUCGGCGAACAAAUUAUACACCAACGAGAAGAAAGAUAUAAGUACUAAGAAAGAUAAAAGUAUUUUAGAACUACAUGAUACAGAUUGUACUAAUAUAGCUAGUUCCUCAUCUCAUAAAUAAUAAAUUCUGUCUGCUGUAAAAGAUAAGCGUAUAAAAAAAUGUAAUGUACACAUACACGCGCGUGUACAUUCGAUAAUAAUCUUACCUUAAUAAUUUUCUGCAUAAUGAGAUAAGAAUAAGAUAAAUUAAUCGGUAUAAGAAAAAUAUGCUCUUUUGAUUAAAAAAUUUGCAAUAUGCAACUGUAUAUAUUUUUAUAAAAAU